AUGAGUGUUAUUUCUGAUGUCGUCUCGGAGCAACAAUCACCGGUAGCUGUCGCCAUGGAGGAGUCGCAGCACGAGCGCGACAAGCGCAUUGAGGAGCUAUGGAGAAAACUUGACCCUGCUGGACAUGGCGAGCUCGACUUCAAGGGCCUGCAGAGGGGGCUGAGGAGGAUUGACCACCCUCUCCAGAAUGCCGACGAGAUGCUCAAGGACAUCAUCAGCCACCUCGAUACGAGUGGUGACGGUAAGAUUCAGUACGAGGAGUUCCGAGCCUUUGUUGAGGCUGCCGAAAGACAGCUGUUCCUGUUGUUUCAGUCCAUCGACAGCAACCAUGAUGGCCGCUUGAACAGACAUGAGCUAGAGGCAGCCUUUUAUCGGGCAGGUCUUUCCGUCCCAAAACGGCACCUAACCGGCUUCUUCAACGAAAUCGACAUGAAUCGGGACGGUUACAUAACUUUUGACGAGUGGCGCGACUUCUUGUUGUUUAUGCCACCCAACCACAACGGGUCGCCUCUAGAAGCCGCCCUGUCCUUCUAUUCAUCGAUUGUCACCGUCAACCAGGAAGGCGAUUCGCUGGUCAGUGAUGAUACAUUAGAGGGUCAUCUAGGUACGGCAGGAUUCCUUCUUCAAGCCCUUUUUGGCACACUUCUUAGGCUUGCGAGCCCGGAUCUGGGACUGCCUCCUGUGCGCUCCCCGGACAUAACCCGACCGUCGACUCUGCAUCCGUCCUCUCCGUCGCUUCCUUAUUCCGAACAAAUACAUAGCUUGCCGCCCGAAAUGACAUCGAAUCCAGCAGCCAUGCGUUACGGCCCCACUGGCGGCAUCUCCUCUCAAGUCCUGGCUGACGCCGGACUCCAACGAUCCGUACUGCAGUAUGAGGGUGUUGCACAGGCUAGCACCCCGACUUUUACUGAGCUUCUUGAAGCUGAAGCAGAUCCGUCGGCUGGGCGGGUGACCACUAGGCUGACAGAUCUCCUGCCCGAACCAGGCUACUUCCUCGCUGGUGCUGUGUCGGGUGGUGUGUCACGAACAGCGACUGCACCUCUGGAUCGUCUCAAGGUGUAUCUUCUUGUCAACACAAAGACUCGCUCUAAUGUAUCUGUGCUCUCGGCCAUCAAGAGCGGUCACCCGAUGACAGCAUUGAAGCAUGCUGGCGGGCCGGUCAUUGACGCCAUCGCGAGCUUGUGGAAGACAGGUGGUUUCCGAACCUUCUUUGCAGGAAAUGGUCUCAAUGUGGUCAAGAUUAUGCCCGAAUCAGCCAUCCGAUUUGGCUCCUAUGAAGCUUCAAAACGCUUCCUUGCGGCAUAUGAAGGUCACAAUGACCCAACUCAAAUCAGCACCGUGUCCAAAUUCGUCGCUGGAGGUAUCGGCGGUAUGACAGCUCAGUUUUGCGUCUAUCCCAUCGACACACUGAAGUUCCGACUUCAGUGUGAAACCGUUCAAGGCGGCCUCAAGGGCAAUGCCUUGCUUAUUCAAACCGCAAAGAACAUGUGGGCGGAUGGUGGUGUUCGCGCAGCUUACCGCGGUCUUGGCCUCGGCCUGCUUGGCAUGUUCCCUUACAGUGCCAUUGAUAUUGGUACUUUCGAGCUGCUCAAGAAGACCUACGUUCGACUAUCGGCCCGCUACUACGACAUCCGCGAAGACGAGACACAGCUCGGCAAUGUGACGACAGCUGUCUUAGGUGCGACCUCGGGCGCUCUUGGUGCCACUAUUGUUUACCCGCUUAACGUUCUCCGUACUCGUCUGCAGACUCAGGGUACUGCUAUGCAUCCACCUACUUACACAGGAAUUAUCGAUGUAGCAACAAAGACCAUGCGCAACGAAGGUGUGCGUGGAUUCUACAAGGGGUUGACUCCUAAUUUGUUGAAGGUUGCGCCCGCGCUCAGCAUUACUUGGGUUUGCUAUGAGAACAUGAAGAACUUGUUGGGUCUCAAUUGA